UGGACAUUUUUCAAAAACUAUCAACUUAUUUUAAUUGAUCAUGACAAAAAAUAAGCGUGUUUAGUAUGAAGUUUCCAGUUAUAACCGCCCGAUGAGCAUAAAAAAAACAGAUGGCUAUAUAAGAUAGAGUUUAGCAUUUCGUCUUAAAUAGUUUAGCUUUUUAUGCGGUGAUUUCAGUAACAAAUCAUUAUUCCGCGAGAUAAGAUGUUUGUACUGGAAGUGAUUUUAGGAUUAAUUUUGUGUAUUGGAGCUUUGCUGUGGUGGUGGCAAAGAUCAGCAAGGCUCUACUGGGAGAAGAAUGGAGUGUCCUAUAUCGAUGGACCUCCCUUCAUUGGUGCUUUGAAGGAUUCCAUGAUGUUCAAGAAGAGCUUUGGAGAGCUUUUCUUGGAUAUUUACAAUCACGAGAAGUUUAAAGACGAUCCUGUGACGGGAGUUUAUUUCUUCCACAAACCAAGCUUGGUUAUUCGUCAUCCUGAAUUGAUCAAAAAUAUCCUUGUGAAGGAUUUUCCAAAUUUUAUAGAUAGAGGCGUGAACUCUGACCCACACGAUGAUGGUAUUGGCAGAGAUAAUCUAUUUUCAGUGAAAGGUCAACGAUGGAAAACUAUUCGAACUAAAUUAUCACCUGUCUUUACAACCGGAAAACUUAAGAAUCUCUUCCUUCUGAUGAUGGAUGUAAGCAAAACCUUAGAACGAAAACUUCAAACUGAAAUUGGGGAUAUACCAAAAGAAUAUGAAAUGAAGGAAUUCGCUUCAUAUUUCUCAACAGACACAAUAUCAAUUUGUGCCUUUGGCGUUCAAGCUAAUAGUCUUCUUAAUCCAAAUGCUGAAUUUCAUAAGAAUGCUAAGAUAGCAUUUGACUUUAAGCUGAAACGAGCUUUUCAAUUUUGUACGUGUUUUUUCUUCCCGGAGUUGGCAAUGUUUUUGCGCUUUGCCUUCUUCUCACGUGAGACUAAUGAAUUCUUGAGAUCUUCGAUUAAUUACGUGAUGGAUGAGCGUGUGAAGAGUGGGGAGAAGCGCAAUGAUUUGAUCGAUGUCCUCAUUGCGAUGAAAGAAGAAGAUUCUGAGUUAUUCAAAGGAGACACCCUUGUAGCUCAAGCUGCUGUCUUUCUCCUUGCUGGACAUGAGACGUCUUCAUCAGCUACGGCAUUUGCUCUAUAUGAAUUGGCACGACAUCCAGAAGUUCAAGAGAAGGUUAGGAAGGAGAUUGAGGAUUAUAUCAAGAAGUAUGGUUCUAUUCAAUAUGAAACUAUCAAUGAAAUGGAUUAUCUUAACAGUGUAGUUCAAGAAACCCUACGAUUGUACCCUAGUUUACCAUUUUUGGAUAGAAUUUGCGCCCCAGCCGAUGGAUCAGACUCCUACUCCUUGGAACCCUAUCACAGCUUUUCAAUUCCAAGAGGAAUGCCAGUCUACAUCCCGCAUGUUUCCAUCCAGAGAGACCCCAAAUUCUACCCAAAUCCUCUACAGUUCAUUCCUGAAAGAUUUAGUUCAGAAAAUCGCGAUUCAAUCAAUCAGUACGCCUUUCUUUCAUUUGGAAUUGGACCACGGAACUGUAUCGGAUCGAGAUUCGGUUAUUUACAAGUGAAGUUAGCUCUCAUCACGAUUCUACGUUACUAUAGAGUGGAAGCUACCGAAAGGACCCCCAAAUCAAUUGAAUUUGCCAAGAAAUCUCUAUUUGUUCACUCAAAGGAGCCACUCUAUAUGAAUUUAACAAGAAUUUAAAAUAUUUUUCCAGCUUCCUGGUGAAUUUACAUUGUUGUGGACUUAUCGCAUUUAAAGACCUUUAAUCUCUCAUAAAUGUCUCUCAAAAUGUAGUGUGAUAGCACAUAAUUAUUUAACUGGUUUUAGGUUUGUUUGAUUUUAAUAAACACAACAAAUGGAAAUAAAAAUAAAAUAUUCACAUAAGGAAAUCUUCUAUUUGUAUUUCAUUAUUUUAAUUUUCUUAUCAUAAGAUCAUAUAUUAGUUUUAGCAAUUCUUAUAUUACACAAAAAAAUACAUUACUUUGAUUACAUAAUUUACUUUUGCUUUAGAAGAUUGAAUAGAGAGAACAAAAUGUUUUUAAAAUUCUUUUUAAGGUUAAUUUCCUUGAAAGGUGGUGUUUUUCAUUUUCUUAUGUUACUUCAACAAAAUUUUAAAAAAAGCUUCAUUGAACAAUGUGCAAAAGCUGUAUAGUCAUUGGUCAAUUUUAGAAUAUAAAUACAGCAUAAAAAUCCAGAUAAGCACAACUUAUAAAAAAACGAAAAGAUAUCAGUGCAAAAAUAUAUAAGCAGAACAAUCUUUUCU